AUGCUAUGUCUCCACUGGUUCACGACAUACCGGAUCCUCAUUGCCCUGACCUUUAUCGCAAACAUGGCCGUACUCGCAGUCCUGGUCAACCGGAACAGGCCAUUCACUCUCGCCGAGCCUCUGAUUGCUACCGCCGUCAACCUCUUCGUCGCCGUGCUGGUCCGCCAGGAAGACAUUAUCAAUCUGAGCUUCUCCCUUGUCGCAAAAACACCCAUCUGGCUUCCCCUGUGGUUCCGCACAACCAUGGCAGACUUUCACCACUACGGGGGCAUCCACGUUGGCAGUGCCAUGGCGGCGCUCCUGUGGUACAUUUUUUUCGUCCACGUCAACACCAUUUUCUUUCUCGACAGCCUGAAUGCACACACGGCCAGGGUGUGGAUGUGGGUCGACAUUGCCACGUGCUACUCGUUUCUCGUGUCCAUUGUCCUCGUGUGCAUCACAGCGCACCCCAAGCUCCGCAUGCGCUUCCACAACACGUUUGAGCACACACACCGUUUCGGCGGCUGGAUUGCCAUGAUGGUCCUCUGGGCCAACACCGGCGUAUCCAGCAUCACUCAGCACACCAAACCCCUGUACUUGAACCCAGCAGUCUGGCUCCUCGCCGCCACCACCAUGCUCAUCAUCAUGCCCUGGACCCGCAUCCGCCGCGUCCUCAUCACAGCAUCGCUCCUUUCUUCCCGCGAAGUCCGCAUCAGCUUCCCCUACAAAAACAUGCCCUACUCACGCACCAUGCGCUUUUCCCACAGCCCCCUGCUAGAAUGGCACGCCUUUGCCACGAUCCCCACGCCCGACCACGCCAGCGCCUUUGUCCUCGUCUCGCAAGCCGGCGACUGGACCAAGGCGCUAAUCCAGAACCCGCCCUCACAUAUCUGGCUGCGCCGGCCCCCCGCCGCAAACUUCCUGUGCGUCGCCCCGCUCUUCAAAUCCCUCCUCCUCGUUGCUACCGGCGCGGGAAUCGGCCCCAUGAUCUCGCUCCUCAGCAGCCCCAUCAUCGCCAAAAUGAAGGCCCGCGGCACAAUCAUCAGAGUCCUCUGGUGCGUCUAUGACCCCGAAGCUCCCCACUGGCAAUUCGUCCUCGCCGCUAUCCGCGCAGUCGAUCCAAACCCUUACAUCUACGACUCCAGCGACGGCCGCCCGGAUAUCGCCGGCGAAACCGGCUGGGUCAUGCGUGAAAAGGGUAUCGAGGCUGCCAUGGUCGUUAGUAAUCCCAAAGUCACCCGUGAGGUGGUCGAGGGCGUCAAAGGCUGGGGUGGAGCUGCAUUUGGUGCUGUGUUUGAUUCUUAG